CGCCAGCCCCGCGCCCGCUGCGGGAGGAGGGCGAGCGCGCGGAUCCCCUGGGCCAGCCCCCCGAGCCGGCGGGACGGGCUGGCGGGAGCAGACGCGGGGACUGUCACUGAGGACGCGCCGCACACACCGGCCCCGGGACCGUCUGGGGACCGCCAGACGCCAUCCUCGUCUUUUGCCCCAUCGGGCUUCUCGGCUGCCGGUCCCCGGUGAUCAGUCGCCGGAGGCGCAGGGCAAUGUCUGCCGGGGCGCGCCGCCGUCCCAGGGGGAGACUGGCGCAGCGGCUCGCGAGCCUCUGGUGCCUCUCGGCCGCGCUGGGGAUGCUGUGGUCCCCCGCCUCGCAGGCGUUCAACUUGGACGUGGAGAAGCUCACGGUGUACGGAGGCCCCGAGGGCAGCUACUUCGGCUACGCCGUGGACUUCCACAUACCUGACGCUCGCACAGCCAGCGUCUUGGUGGGGGCGCCCAAAGCCAACACCAGCCAGCCCGACAUCGUGGAAGGGGGAGCCGUCUAUUACUGCCCUUGGCCGGCCGAGGGGGCUGCGCAGUGCAAGCAGAUACCGUUCGACACCACCAACAACAGAAAGAUCAGAGUUAAUGGAUCCAAAGAACCUAUCGAGUUUAAGUCGAAUCAGUGGUUUGGAGCGACGGUGAAGGCACACAAGGGGAAGGUGGUGGCCUGUGCUCCUUUAUAUCACUGGCGAACUCUCAAGUCGACACCAGAAAAGGAUCCAGUUGGCACCUGCUAUGUAGCCAUUCAGAAUUUCAGUGCCUACGCCGAGUACUCUCCUUGCCGGAACAGCAACGCUGAUCCUGAAGGCCAGGGUUACUGCCAAGCAGGAUUUAGUCUGGAUUUUUAUAAGAAUGGAGACCUCAUAGUAGGAGGACCUGGAAGUUUCUACUGGCAAGGUCAGGUGAUCACUGCCAGUAUUGCAGAUAUCAUUGCAAAUUACUCAUUCAAGGAUAUUCUACGGAAACUGGCUGGAGAAAAGCAGACAGAAGUGGCUCCAGCUUCCUACGAUGAUAGUUACCUUGGAUACUCAGUUGCUGCUGGGGAAUUCACUGGAGACUCUCAGCAAGAGUUGGUUGCUGGAGUUCCCAGAGGAGCGCAGAAUUUUGGAUAUGUUUCAAUCAUUAACUCUACAGAUAUGACUUUUAUUCACAAUUUCACUGGUGAACAGAUGGCAUCGUAUUUUGGAUACACCGUUGUAGUGUCAGAUGUUAACAAUGACGGACUGGAUGACAUACUGAUUGGGGCGCCUCUCUUUAUGGAGCGUGAAUUUGAGAGCAACCCCAGAGAAGUCGGGCAGGUCCACCUGUACUUGCAAGUGAGCGCGCUCUUCUUCCGAGACCCGCAGAUCCUCACCGGCACCGAGAUUUUCGGGAGGUUCGGGAGUGCGGUAGCGCACUUGGGGGACCUCAACCAGGAUGGAUACAAUGACAUUGCCAUCGGUGUGCCUUUUGCCGGCAAGGACCAAAGAGGCAAAGUGCUGAUUUACAAUGGGAACAAGGAAGGCUUAAACACCAAGCCUUCCCAAACUCUGCAAGGAGUAUGGGCCUCGCAGGCUAUCCCUUCAGGAUUUGGCUUUUCUUUACGUGGUGAUUCAGACAUAGACAAAAAUGAUUACCCAGAUUUAAUUGUGGGAGCAUUUGGAAGAGGAAAAGUAGCAGUUUACAGAGCAAGGCCAGUUGUGACUGUGGAUGCUCACCUUCUGCUGCACCCAAUGAUUAUCAAUCUUGAAAAUAAAACUUGCCAGAUUCCAGACUCUAUGACCUCGGUGGCCUGCUUUGCUUUAAGAGUGUGUGCAUCUGUAACAGGCCAGAGUAUUUCAAAUAUCAUAGCCCUGACGGCCGAGGUGCACUUAGAUUCUCUGAAACAAAAAGGCGCCAUUAAAAGAACACUCUUCCUGGAGAACCAUCAGCCCCAUCUCAUCUUCCCUCUUGUGGUAAACCGGCAGAAAUCCCUCCACUGCCAGGACUUCAUCGUUUACCUUCGAGAUGAAACUGAGUUCCGAGAUAAGUUAUCGCCAAUCAAUAUUAAUUUGAAUUACAGUUUGGAUGAAUCUGCCUUUACGGAUGGUCUGGACGUGAAACCAAUAUUGAACUACUAUAGGGAGAACAGUGUCAGUGAACAGGCUCACAUCCUGGUGGACUGUGGAGAAGACAAUCUGUGUAUUCCCGACUUGAAGCUGGCAGCUCGACCAGAUAAGCAUCAGGUAAUCAUUGGAGAUGAAAAUCACCUUAUGCUCAUAAUCAAUGCAAGAAACGAAGGGGAAGGAGCCUAUGAAGCCGAGCUCUUUGUAAUGAUACCAGAAGAGGCAGAUUACGUGGGGAUUGAACGCAACAACAAGGGAUUGCGGCCACUGAGCUGUGAGUACAAAAUGGACAACGUGACCAGGAUGGUGGUGUGUGACCUUGGGAACCCUAUGGUGGCUGGAACAAAUUAUUCUCUGGGCCUCCGAUUUGCAGUUCCACGUCUUGAGAAAACAAACGUGAGCAUUAACUUCGAUCUCCAAAUCAGAAGUUCCAACAAGGACAAUCCAGACAGCAAUCUUGUGAGUUUGCAAAUCAACAUCACUGCUAUAGCUCAAGUAGAAAUAAGAGGAGUCUCCCACCCUCCGCAGAUCAUCUUGCCCAUUCAUAACUGGGAACCUGAAGAGGAGCCUCGCAAAGAGGAGGAAGUUGGACCACUGGUGGAACAUAUUUAUGAGCUGCACAAUAUUGGACCAAGCACCAUCAGUGACACCGUCCUGGAGGUGGGCUGGCCGUUCUCUGCGCGGGAUGAGUUUCUUCUCUAUAUUUUUCAUAUUCAAACUCUGGGACCUCUGAGGUGUCAAACAAAUCCUGAUAUCAACCCACAGGAUAUAAAGCCCGCUGCCUCCCCAGAGGACACUGCUGAGAUUAGCGCCUUCCUGCGAAACUCCACCAUUCCUCACCUUGUCAGGAAGAGGGAUGUGCCCAUGGCCCAGCUCCACAGACAGGCCCCCGCCAAAGUCCUGAACUGCACAAAUAUUGAGUGUUUGCAGAUCUCCUGUGCGGUAGGACGACUGGAAGGGGGAGAAAGUGCAGUCCUGAAGGUGCGAUCACGAUUAUGGGCUCAGACGUUCCUCCAGAGGAAAAACGACCCCUAUGCUCUUGCAUCCCUGGUGUCCUUUGAAGUUCAGAAGAUGCCAUAUAAAGAUCAGCCGGCGAAACUCCCUGAAGGAAGAACAGCCAUUAAGACGUCCGUUAUUUGGGCAACCCCAAAUGUCUCCUUCUCAAUCCCACUCUGGGUAAUAAUACUAGCAAUACUUCUUGGAUUGUUGGUUCUGGCCAUUUUAACCUUAGCUUUAUGGAAGUGUGGAUUCUUCGACAGAGCAAGGCCGCCUCAGGAUGAUAUGACCGACCGGGAACAGCUGACAAGUGACAAGACCCCAGAGGCAUGACAAGGACCAACACAAUUUCAAAGAACUCAAAUACUGGUCCAGCUCAAAGACAAGAAAGAAUAUCAGGGUUCAAUAAAGGAUGUCCUGUACCUGCCCAUGACCUUGGAAAUGGAGAGGCCCCUGAAAUCGUCCCUUCGUCUGCAGUGUGCUUUGGAGAAGUUGUCAGGGGCCCCAGGGAACCCUUUGAGAAACGAGUGGCCAACACGGCACCAACAAUCAGCAGUUGUGGACGAUUUCUUUCGCCCUCUUCGCUCUGUGCUCGGCAGACACCUUGACGUGGGGAUGGGCUCUUAGGCUGCUGUCCAAGUGAAUCCAACGUCAGUUACGUAGAUGAGAUGUCUGAAUUACUCUUGAACUGAGAAGGUGAACUCAGACCACCCAACACUACUGUAUCAAGUGGAACGUCGGCCACCUGCCUGUGGCAGAGAAGCCUUUCUAAUGGCACUGUGGCGGGGGGGGGGGGGGGGCAGCAACAGGUUGUUGGUGCUGUGAAAUACUGGUGAAGCCACAGAGACAGCUUGCAAGUGGGGAUAAACAUGCAUUUCUUUCUUUCCCAUCCCUCCCUGUUGAGUAGCCAGUCAGCGAGAGGAUGUGGAAAUGGACAUUGGGUUAGCUCCUUUUCAAAGCCACUCACUCAGUUUCCUCCCAAGAUAACCACUUUGUGGGUAACUCACUUAACAGGCUUCCUCAGAAUCAUGCAAAUCGGUGUCAGGAGUCAAUUUUAUUUCAUACCUUGCAGCUUUCCAGUUGAAAUUACUUUUUAGUCACACUAUUCAGGAAUUCACAUCUGCUUAAACUAACUUUGAAAAGCAUUACUUCUAUAUUUCCUUUUACAUAUUCAUAAAAGUCUUUGCAUUGACUUGGUUAAUACAUGAAUGUCAAGAUACUCUCCACUCCGUGUGGUGGUUAAAAUUUCCUGAGCUCAUUAACAUUUAAAAAGCCAUUUAACAAUACAGAUAAACAUUGUUUUUCAAUAUUCAUAAGAAGCAAUGCCAAUAUUUAGCUUGAGAUUAUUUUCUCUGCCAAUGAGGAUGGGAAUAUAAAGUUAUGCAGGGGUGAGGCAACUCUACAAAGCUGGUUUCUAAGGAUUUUCUUUAAAAUUUCUCAUUCCAGCAUAUUGCUCAUUUUUACUGCUAAUGCUUACAUUACAUAAAUUUGGAGAAUACUGUUUUAUUUAAGCUAUUUCUCAUCCUCUUGAAUUUAACCAUCAAGGAGAAUGGAUGUUUAAAACUCUUGUAAAUAAUCCAUAUUCAUGUAUAAUAUCAUCAGUUUUGAAGUAAAAUUGACCAGCUAAAUUCAUAGUCUGACAAUUUUGUAUCCUUUUUAUAAUAAUGAAAUAUUGCUAUGGAAAAGAAAUGAACAAAUUUUUAUGUGCAAUAUUUUAUAAACCUAUGUAUCUGAGACAUGUUUACACUGGCAUUAGUUACUUUUAAUUAAUACCUUAGGAAGAUUACAUAUGAUAGAAGCUGACCAAAAUCCAUACGUUUACACAGCAGCUGAAAAAAAUUGUGUCCCAAUUUCAACAAUCACACGUUAUCUGAAGGAUGAGCCACACUCACAGGCACUACAUUUUACACCAGGCCUUAACCUGGAGGAAAGCCAUGGGGCUCCAGCUGCAGAACUUGGUUGGGAAGCAAAUAAAAGGCACAUGGCAGAACACGCUGUUGCCAUCCUUCUUCUUGCUGCUUGUGAACGAAAUCCUGCCGUGGGGGGAGGGACAGUUUGAUGUCUGUGAGGAACCGAGCAGUCUGUGUACUCGACACUGGCUGAGCAGUGUGCUCUCGCCUCAGAGUGUUUGAGGAUCCUACACUGGCCGCUGGGGUCCUCACAGUUAAUCCUGUGGGUGGACUUGACUUUGACAGUAGGCAGCCAUCUGUAGCUCUCUGCCCCAGUCAGUGCCUUAAUUCUUAUUGUUGUGCCUGACGUGACCAGUAGAAGGAUAAGCUUCUUGGGAUGUGGGGUCACAAAAGGUCCCCUAAGAAAAGCACUCCUUGCCUUUAAGGUAACAUUUGUGAAGGACCAUGGCCCUCUUGAGCUAUUCCCUCUUGGGGAACCUUCUUGCUGCCAAAGGCCAUGUGGAUAUUUAUGACAUCAUCCACGGGCCACACAAAACCAGCGAUUACAAGUUCCCCUGCUACAGAUGUACUGAACUUUGAGUCCCACCUGCGGUUGCCUUGGCAGAGCCAGACCAAAUGGUUUCUUAGGCCUCCCUGGUAGAUCCAACAGAGGGCCCUGCAGAACUGGUUGCUAUGGACACCCAGAGGCAACAUGAGAUGCCACGAGGCAGCCUGAGACUGGAUCGGAGCCCAGCACCGGGGCUUUAAGGAAAUUUGGCCUUCCUACCAUCUCUACCGAGAGUGGUCUCCCCCUAGACAGGGUGGGCACCCUGACUUGCUUGCAGGUGCUGCUACUUAUGGCCAUGGUAGAGGUCUGUCACACGAGUGCACAGGAUGGCCCUCUGUGCCUUAUAUGUGGAGACAAGUGAAGGGAGGGAGCAAAGUGGGGCCAGGCAGAGCCCUAGGUGACCAGCUCCUCAGUGUGCCCUCAGCACAGAGGCCACCCCAACAAUGCAUUGCACAUUCUGCUUCUCAUUACAGCACUGCCAAUAGCGUCCAUAAUUCACAAUGGGCUGUGCUCCUCUUUCAGUCUAUCUGUGUUUCUCUUCAAAGAAUUCCUCUUUUGAAUUCUUGCAGCUGGUUUUUAAGACACAGGAAGAAUGGGAAAAUUGAGUUUUAUAAACUUGGAGAUUUUUAUACAGUAAUUAAUAUGUGCUAGUUACCACUGAAAUCCCUCUUAGAAAUUCAACUCUUGUUUUAUUUAAGUAUAUGUGUAGAUAUCUGUGAAGAUUUUCAUGUACCUACUUACCUUGUCACUAAUAAAAUUAAAAAUUAAAGACACAA